AUGGGCAGGGAGUUUGGCACACAUACACACGAGGAGUGUGGCCCACCGGUCGCCAAGGCCACCGCCCUGAGCGCCGCCGUAUCCACCCUCUUCGCCGCGGGCAGCGUGCAGGCCGCCCAAGAGGUGGCGCUGGUGGCCGACAAUGACAUCCGCCUGGGCAGCGUCUUCCUCAUCCUCCUCCCCGCCCUCGGCUGGGUGCUGUUCAACAUCCUCGAGCCGGCCCAGAACCAGCUUGAUCGCAUGCAGGGCGGCAAGCCCAAGGUGGCUGCUCCUAAGCCAAAGCCAAAGAAGGUCGUGAAGAAGAAGGUCAUAAAGAGGGCCGUGGUGGCUGGGCUCGGCCUGGCGGCAUCUGGGCUUCUCGCCACGCAGAGCGCUGACGCUGCGACCCUGAUGGGCCAGGUUGCGGAAUCUGACAACCGCCUGGGCGGCCUCCUCCUCCUCCUCCUCCCCGCCGUCGGCUGGGUGCUGUUCAACAUCCUCGAGCCGGCCCAGAACCAGUAUGACGCCAUGGUCAAGGGAAAGAAGUGA